UUCUUAUUGUUAAAAAAAUGACCAACAUUGAAAAGAGUGACACAAAAAUGGGAUUUUAAAUUUAUUUCUGAUAAUAUAUCUUAAUUAUCUUUUGCGUAUUUGCCUGUGUAAGUGUUAAACCUGAUCUAUGUAAGGAAUUCAAAUUUUAUGUUUUCAGGCCUUUAGACCUCAGUGGAGUUCCUUUAAAACUUAAACACCAGCGUUUAAUCUCAGCAGUAAGACGUCUGAAAGCAUUAUCGUACAAGAAUUACUUUGGUCGUAUCAAGUGUUGUAUUCAGGCAGGAGGUACAAAAUGACAAAAUUAUCGCUAUUAAAAUAUCAAUUUGUGUUUUGUAUGCAAAUCGUCUUUUGCAGUAAAUUGUCACGUUUAGAAAAACGCGUGGACAUAAUGGAGCAAAAGAUGUUGAAUGAUGCGAUGGCGUUUCGGGCAGAUAUAUAUGAUAUCUUUGAAAAGUUGGAUAAUGUUUUAAAAAACUCGUCACUCAAUUAUAUUGAAAACAAACCAAUUGUUUCCUCAAAAUGUGACGCAAGUGAAAUUGAAAAUGUUCUUCUACUCGUCAAAAAGGCUGUAAAUGAAGAAAAAAUAAAUACAAGGAAAGUAAUAAAUGAGCUACGUACGGAGUUUCAUCGCAAAAUUGAAAGGCAGAUGAAUCAGACAAAAGAAACUGACAUAUUAUUUGACAAACUUUCUUUGGUAGAGGAACAAAUUAAUUCAACGGCGAGAGAAACAUUGCAAAACGAGGAAAACAUUCAUGAUAUGCGUGUAACCCACAAUGAAUUAAACAAUGAUAUACAAUCUUUAAUAAAGUUGGAAGAAAGAAACGAAGACAAAGCUAAAGAUGUUGAUGAAAAUAUCAAAAGACUUAAUAAGAGGUAUGCCUUCUUAUCAGCUAGAAUAGAUUGCAAUGGUAAAUCAUGGCAUAGCUUUGAAAAGUCCUGCUACUAUGUGGGGAAUGAGGUUCUCCUGACCUGGAUCCAGGCAAACGAAAAAUGCAAGCUGCUGAAUGCUACCCUGGCUGAAGUUGAAACCGAAGAAGAGAAUGCAUAUUUAGUCGAACUAGCUGCCAAAAUGACACCUGCAGAUCAGCUGUACGACGUUUAUAUAGGAGGAAGUGACUUGAAAAGUGAGGGCGAGUGGAUUUGGGAAGGCAGUAAGAGAAGAAUAUUUGAUGUAUUCAAUAAUUUCAAGGGUAAUGAACCUAACGGCAACAGGCGUGAGAAUUGUCUCCAUCUUAUUCGCAAAUACUCGUGGAAUUGGAAUGACAUUUCAUGCGAAACAAAGCUGUCGUAUAUAUGCGAAAAAACACUAAACUAUUAAACGUAAAGCUUACAAGAAAACUGUACAUUUUCUAGUUUGUGUGAAAAUACCAAACAUUUCAAAGGCUAAUCAAACAAUAAUAUAUGC